AUGUCAGAAGCUUCUCGACGGAGUAGGAUCACUAUUACUCUAGGGCGUAGCGGUCAGGUGGUAAGUCGAGAUGGAAGUGAUUUAGACGCUGGAUUUGAGUUGCCCAGAGCUGUGACUAAGCGGUCCGUGAAAGAAAGAUUAGGGAACCAGUUUGAUAGUUCUUUUUACGGAAAUGAAGUGGUCAGUAAAAGGCAAAGAGGGGAAGCCAGUUUCAGUGGAAAUGAUUUGCAGAUCACUCAAAAUGAUCUCCGAUUCAAACUGUUGCAAAAAAAUGCUCAGAAACGAGCUCAGAGUGAGGAAUGCAGCACUAUGGAUCUUCGUGCGAAGCUCUCUAGGAGUGAGCAGCCUCCUCGUAGCCUUGAUAGUCAACCUCGUAUGGCUGAGCCUAGGGAUGGCCCGUUACCUCCGUCAAGAACUGCUCGUGGUUCCUCUCAUAUGCUUUCAUCAAGCAGUUCUCCAUGGGACAUAGAUGAUAUUCGAAGGAAGACUCCAGAGAGGUUUCUGAGUACUUCUAGGGGUCAUUCGCCGCCAAGAAAUGCUGGAAGUAGCAUUGGCAAUCCAAGGGUUCAUUCGCCGCCAAGAAGUGCUGGAAGGAUAAUUGGCAAUCCAAGGGUUCAUUCGCCGCCAAGAAGUGCUGGAAGGAUAAUUGGCAAUCCAAGGGGUCUAUCGCCGCCAAGAAGUGCUGGAAGGAUAAUUGGCACUCCAAGGGAUCUAUCUCCGUCAAUAAAUGCUGGAAGGAUAAUUGUCACUCCAAGGGAUCUAUCACCACCAAGAAACGCUGGAAGGAUGAUUGGCACUCCAAGGGAUCUAUCACCGUCUAGGAAUACCCGAAGCUUCAGUGGUGGUUCUAGGCCUCUGUCUCCAAUUAGAAAUGUGGGAAGCUACAUGGGUUCUUCUCGAGGUUUUUCCCCUCCUAGGAAUCCUGGAAGCUACAUGGGUUCUUCCAGGGGUUCUCCUCCAUCUAGGAACAUCGAUGAUUUUCAUGGACGAAGCAGGAUGCUUGAUGAUGUGAGAGUGUCGCCAUAUGCAGUUAGAGGUGUAAUGAAUAGUCACGCACCAACAAGUACUACUUUCGCCAGGCCAAUGUUACCUCCUCCGGUCCCAAACCCUCAUCCAUUGCCUCCGUUGAGUCAGCUUCCUCCACUUGGAAGUAUGAUGCAGAACAGUCCCUUCCCUGUGGAAGAGCCUCUAACAGUUGACAACUUUCUAAAUUCAAUUGGACUUGGAAAAUACUCCCUUGCCUUUAAGAGAGAGGAAGUGGAUAUGACCACGAUAAAGCAGAUGAAAGAAAGUGAUCUAAAAGAUCUCAUCAUUCCAAUGGGUCCAAGGAAGAAGAUUCUUCAGGCCAUAGCUUGCCUUCCAAAUCGGUAG